AUGACGGCCGACGAGCCUGCGGCGAAGAAGCCGCGCCAGGAGGCGGCCGUGACGAUGUCGACGGUCGAGUGUCUUGGGCGGUACUACAGCAAGCUCUUUCCGUUCGACCACAUGUCGCGCUGGCUCUCGUACGGCAACGACGGGAAGCACGCGAUGUCUGACGACACGUUCUUCCGCAACCGCGAGUUCUGCUACACCCUGGACGGCGACAUCUUCGUCAGGUACCAGUCCUUCCAGUCCAUGGCGGAUAUGAAAGCCGACAUCGAGAAGAAAUGCAAGGGCCACGGCGACACCAACCAGGUCCCCGUCAAGAUCGACAUCGGCCCGGUGUACACCCGCGAGCCGCGCAGUCGGCAGAAGUACGCGGCACAGGACUUCCGUCCUGUGGAGCGCGAGCUCGUGUUCGACAUCGACAUGGACGGCUACGACGACGUCCGGCGGUGCUGCCAGGGCAGCCAGCUGUGCGACUCGUGCUGGCCGCUGCUGACCAUCGGUGUGCAGUUGAUGGACCAGACCCUGCGCGAAGACUUCGGAUUCGCGAAUAUCCUAUGGGUGUACUCCGGGCGGCGCGGCAUCCACGGGUGGGUGUGCGACGCCGCUGCUCGCCGGCUCACGGACGAGCAGCGCGCGGCCGUCGCGUCGUACCUGGAGGUGUAUAAGGGGAACAGCGACGACGGGCGCGCGAACAUGACGGCGGACGUGACGUCGGACAGGCGGCACCCGGCGGUCGCGCGCGCGGUGACGCUGUGCCGCCGGGCCUUCGAGGAGCAGUACCUCCCGCUGCAGGGGUUCCUCGAGGACGAGGGGUGCGCGAAGAAGGUGCUUUCAUAUGUUCCGGACGCAAACAUCCGACUGAGGCUCGUGGAGCGGUGGGGCAAGGACUGGAACGGCGCGAAGCGCGCCGCGAAGGCCGCCGCGGACGCGGACGACGUCGAGAUGGAGGACCUGCCGAACCUGUCGGUCGAGAGAUGGAAGGAGAUAUGCGCCGAGGUUCGGAAAGCCGCGGACAAGCACAAGGGCCGGCGGGACCGGCAGGUGGAGCUCCUGCGGAGCCUCGACGCGAUCGCGGUCGCGUACACGUACCCGCGGCUCGACAUCGAGGUGUCGAAGAAGAUGAAUCAUCUGUUGAAGGCGCCGUUCUGCGUGCACCCGAAAACGGGGCGCGUGUGCGUGCCGAUCGACCCGGCGCGCGCCACGGAGUUCUCGCCCGAGGCGGUGCCGACGGUGCAGCAGCUGCUGAAGGAGCUCGAGGCCGCGCGGCGGCGCGCGGCGGGGGGGGACGACGCGGACGUGGCGGCGGGGGAGGAGUGGCGCGCGACGGCGAUGGGGCCGAUCAUGGAGACGUUCGAGCGGGUGUUCCUGGAGGGGAUGAUGAGCAGCAUCCGCGCGGAGCUCGCGGCGAAGGCGCGCGAGAGGGCCGAGGAGGCGCAGGCAGCGCAGGACUGGUAG